AUGAGGAAAACUUGUCUGGCUGCCCUUGGUGGCCGAGGAAGCGAUUCGUCUCGAUCGUGGAUGUACAGCUUGUCGAGCAGCAGCGGGCCGCAGCACAACCUCAUCCCUCUAGCGGGUUCGGUGCCAUGUGCCCUCUUGGAAUGCUCGCGAGGAAGCAAAAAAGGCGGGCGGCUGGUUGACAGCAGGAAGCUAGCCGGGCUGGCUGACACUCCGCUGGACGUUACGGUUGCCUCCAUCCCGAGGAAUGGACCGCCUCGUGGCAGCAGUUCUUUGGAAUGCGCUGGAAACGGCCCGGCCAAGUUGACGAAGCCGGCGGCAACACGACGUGCAACGCAACGUCACUCGUGGACGUGGUGGCAGUCGACGGUGAUGGAAUCUGAUCUGGUGGAAUUCCACGCGGUUCAUCACGAAGCCUAG